AUGUCCAGUCUAUUGAGAUUCAGCGUCGCUCCAGCUGUUCAAGCUACAGAAGCACCCCCUAUACCUAAAGCACAGGGAUGGGGACGAGAAUAUGUGAAGACACCGACACAUGGAGAUUUAUUGGAUUUGUCACAAGGUGUACCCAAAUCCGCACCUCAUCAAGAUGUCCUAAAUGCUUUGGCCGUAUCUUCUUCAGAUCCAUUAUCAGCUAAAUAUGGACCUAUAUUAGGUGAAUCGUCCCUAAGAGAAGCUUAUGCCGAAGAAAUCAGAAUACAAUAUCAAUUAUCUACUCCCCAUUCUGCAUCUCGCCCCGAAAGUGAAAGUGAACAAGGAGUGAGAGGAGUCAACAUGGAAGAUGUAGCAAUUACGACUGGAUGUAAUAUGGCUUUUUUAACUUUGAUAAUGGCAUUGUGUCCACCUUCGAAAUCAAGUGUUUUAAUUCCUUUACCAAGUUAUUUCAAUCAAAUGAUGGUAUUCUCUCUACAGUCUGUCAAACCAAUCUAUAUUCCAUGUGAUACAACAAACGCUUUUAAACCUUCCUUGUCCACCACCAGAGAAUAUCUAUCUACAAAGCAAAAUAACAAUGCAAAAGAACAGGUCAAGAUGAUAUGUUUGGUCUCACCUAAUAAUCCAACUGGAUCAGUUUACUCUCAUAAAGAAAUUAAAGAAUGGUAUGAUCUAGCAAGAGAAUUUGGUAUAGCUUUGGUCUUAGAUGAAACUUAUAGAGACUUCGUUGAAGAUGAAAAUGGUGAAAGAGGUGUACCACACAAAUUAUUCGAAGAACCAGAUUGGCGGGAAACUCUCAUCAGUUUAGGUAGUUUCAGUAAGGGUUACAGAAUACCAGGACAUAGGUUAGGGAGUAUAAUUGCCAGUCCCGCGUUACUUAAACAUAUAACCACUAUUUGUGAUUGUAUGCAAAUUUGCGCACCUCGUCCACCUCAAAUAGCUUUAUCUUCAUUAUUACCUUCACUCCGAUCAGACUUAACAUCAUCAUCGAAAGCACUCUCGCAUCGACGAGAUCUGUUCAGCAAAGUAGUCAACUCAAUUCAAGGAUGGAACGUAGUUUCGAUUGGAGGUUAUUUCGCUUACGUUUCGUUUCCAUCUGACUAUUCAUUUGCUUCAUCGACUGUUGGUCUUAAAAGGAAAAAGUUGGGUAGUGAAGAUAUAGCUAAAUUGAUGGCUACAAAAUUGGGUGUGGUCACUUUACCUGGAAGUUUCUUUAUGCCAAAUUUGAAAGAUGAUGAUAUUUGGGAAAAUGAUGUCCUAAAAGGUGGAGAAGAAUUGAAAGAUGAUAAAUGGUUAAGAUUCGCAGUUGCAAAUGUAGAAGAUGAAGUCAUACUCAAACUUGGACCAAGAUUGAAGGAGAUGAACAAGCUUAUGGGUAUGGACGAGGAAUGA